GGCUUCGUUGGAGGCAAAAACAUCUGAAAGUGGCUAUCGUUGUUAGCAGUUCAAAACAAGAUCGCAAUAUAAACUCGAGUGCAUUUAAGUGUGAAAAGGACAGAAUACCAAGGAGAGCAAACAUGGAUGCAGGUGAAGACCAAAACACAGGCACCACCAACGGAAAUCCUCCGACAAGUGGGAACUCUCGUGCACCCCAGAUAGCCCACAUGUCUCUAUAUGAGAGACAGGCUGUACAGGCUCUUCAAGCGCUGCAAAGACAGCCAAAUGCAGCUCAGUACUUCCAGCAGCUGAUGCUGCAGCAGCAGAUCAACAGUGCCCAACUUCACAACUUGGCCGCCGUGCAACAGGCUGCUACGCUUGCAGCUAGUCGACAGUCCAAUACGCCAAGUAACAGCAUGUCCCAGGCAACCAACACAGUCAACCUAAGCACCACGUCUGCAGGAGGUACCAUGACCAAUCCCCGUCCCCACGGUCCGGCCACCUCCGCAACAACAACCGCUCUCAACCAGUCAGUGCUGCUAGGUGGAAACCCUGCAGGACAGGGGCAGAUGUACCUCAGGGUCAACCGCUCUCUUAGGGCUCCCCUUGCCUCUCAGCUCAUCUUCAUGCCUGGUGGUACAGCAACAGCUACUGUAGCAACAGUUGCCCAGACACAGCCCCAGCAGCAGCAGCAACAACAACAACAACAACAGCAUGAAGUCACUCCUACCACUGCCGGUGCUCAGUCUGACAAUGAUCAGGUGCAGAAUCUGGCCCUCCAUUGCACUUCUACUCCCAGAGCAGUUCCGGUAAAGUCUGAGAUUCUAGAGAGGAAAGAUGUUGCCGGCUUCCCUCUCGGUCAGCAGCAGCAGCAGCAGCAGCAGCAGGCAUUCGCCCAGACGGCUCAGCAGCAGCAAGUGCAACCACAACAGCAUCAACAGAUGGCCAAACCCAACUUUGCUCAUCAGUCCUCUGCCAACCCCAUGACUUUAAAGACUGGUACUCCUGGUGCUUCAGUAGCUCCUUCCUCCACUUCAUCUCAAGCACUCCCUCUCUCCCAGCUCCUCCUGUCCUCCUCUGCUGCCCCUGUGAUCCUGGUGCCCACCUCAAGUGUUACAACCACCACCCAGGGCUACUCCAUUGGCUCAGUGACCCAAAAAGCCAACGUUAACACGCAGACUCUGGUGGUGCAGCCCCUACAACAGGCCAGCGCUCCUACGGAAAAAGGACCUGUGCCGAUCCAGCCCAAGACCGCUCAGGGACACCGCUUACCUGUGCAGCUGCCUCCUCGACACCCACCUCACAUUCUCCCAGCGCCACCUAGCAACAGCCAGCACAUCAGUCCCCAUAUCCCCGUGCAGCUCGUGGGAGCCCGGCAGGGCUUAACAGGAAACACACAGGCGCUGGCUCUGGCACACGCACGAAGCAGCUCGGCCCACGAAGGUACAGCUGGCGGGAAUGUCAACACAGUCUCCAACAUCAGUGCUAUGGUAAGAUCGAUCAAUGAAAGGNNNGACUGUGAUGCUCCAAAUGAGAUGGCGACAGAAUCCUCUGCACCCAUGAAAGAUUCUGCUCCUCCCUUAUCCCCUGUCCCAAAGGACUCAGCUCCUCCUGUUGCAGCUGCAUUCUCAUCUCCUCCCACCCUGUUGUUGCCUCUGCCCUUGUCAAGAGUCGGGCAUGGGGACAAAGACAGAGCGCCUGUUCCCCAGGCAGUGGUCAAACCUCAAGUGCUUACCCACCUCAUAGAGGGCUUUGUCAUCCAGGAGGGAGCCGAGCCUUUCCCCGUUGCUGGACUCCUCAAAGACAGAGAUUUUGCCCUGGUUGGCCGCUCAGAGAAUGGACCUCCGUUGUUAAAGUGUGAGUAUUGUGGAAGCCUCGCCCCCGCCAGCCAGUUCAGAGGAUCAAAGAGGUUCUGUUCAAAUACCUGUGCAAAGAGGUAUAACGUGAGCUGCAGCCAACACUUCAAGACCAGCAGAGGGAGGAGUGGUGCAGGGCUGCCAACACCUCCAGCAAUCAAUGAGAGCGCUGCUAGGCGAAGAGGCCCCUCACGCAGGAGCAGUUCUAGUAUCACGUGUAAUAAAUUAUCAAGCAGGCAUCUAUCUGUUAAGUGUCACUCUGAGUCCAGCCGCUCGGAGGACGUAUCCAGCGACGGUGAAGAGGAGGACGAGUCUCCCUCCCUGUCCCCGAGCUCUUCACACUCCUGCUCCAGAGCUGAGCUCGGUGCUCCUCCGUCUGACAGCUUGGCUCCCGGGAGCCUCCCACUAGAGGGGGCUAACUUUCUCUCGGCUACUCCUGCCCAGUGGAGCGUGGAGGAAGUCUGCAGGUUUAUCUCCUCACUUCAAGGCUGUGAAGAGUUGGCCGCCCAGUUUCUGUCCCAGGAAAUAGACGGACAGGCUCUGAUGCUCCUGCGAGAGGACCAUCUCAUCUCCACAAUGAAUAUCAAGCUGGGUCCAGCUCUCAAGAUCUGCGCCUCCAUCAACACCCUGCGUGAGUGACUCAGAGGGACGUCAGGAUCACUUCCUCAUUGAUGACUCCUCACUGGAAUCAAUACGUGGACCUGCUCCCAUUUCUUUUCUUUGAGGACAGUGAGGAUGUUUUUUUUUUGUUUUUUUUACAAAACAAUGGUGCACCAUCAGUCAGGUGGAGACAUUAGGAUGCACAGUUUACUUUCUGGACAGUGAAUGUACAAAAACAUGUUGUGUGUGUGUGUACUGUUUCGUGUGAGUGGUGAGCAUGGACAGUCUGUGUCCAUGUCAGAAGUGUUUGUCAGGUUUCUUUCUGUCACUGUGUAGAAUCCUUCUGUAUGUGUACUCAUCCUGCAGUAGUCUGUGCGUCUAGGACAGUUCACAUGUUGGGUGGGAAAAGAAAAGAACGUUGCCUUCUUGCUGUAUUUCAAAUGGUGCUUUAACUUUAGUGGCAUGAUAUGGAGUGAUGUCCACUUCAUUUAUAUAUUUGUCUUUUUAGUAGUUACCUGUUUAUUUACCAUAGAUGUUCUAUCUAGGCUCCAAUCACACCAAGUAGAGGACACUAAGUGCCUGGUAUUUUAAUUAGUUCAUUUUACCAGUUCUCAAAAGUUUAGUUUUGUAUCUUUUCCAUUUUGUACUACAAUCAAAAUUAUUUUUUCAUGGAUAUGAUAUAGUUGUAGUAGCUUUAAUCAACUGAACUACCUGAAAAUAGGUAUUCCUCGUGGUUUGCUCUCUCAAGGGGCUGAAUGGAAGUGCUCUGUGUACAUGUAUGCAGUACUACCAAUAAACAAUACCUGUUACUGGA